AUGUCAAUCGGACGAGCCGGCCACGACGCGACCUCGCGCCGUCAUGUUUCGGACGGGCGGAGCGUUGAUGCGUUGCGAUCCAACUCGACGUCCGCACCUGGCUUGGGAAAGCUGAACCACCGUCGCUGGGACACAUCCGGCGGGAUCGCCAUGAUGCUCUCCACGCCCAUUGCCACGCUUCACCACCACCAACCCGAUCUAGCACCAGCAGCAGCGGGAUUCUUCGAGCGUCAAGGCGACACUGCUGCGCAAGCGCGAGACGAGGCGGCAUUGCGCAGCAGCAGCAGCAGUCGCGUGCACAGUCCGCUCGCCAAUCCACGCUAA